UACUGAUCAUGGCGACGUCUGCUGAAGACCACAGCGUUCUCGAGGAGGAGCUGACGUGUCCAGUGUGUCUGGAUCUUUACCGUGACCCGCACCUGCUGCCCUGCGGCCAUAACUUCUGCCUGCCGUGCCUGCGCAGACUCAAGAGCUGCUCGGACCACGGCCGUCUGCGAUGUCCCGAGUGCCGGCAGAGUCACCGCAGCUCCGCCAACUGGCAGAAGAACUUCAAACUGGCCAACAUCGCUGACGGUUUCCGCCAUCGUGGCCAAUCAGAGCGCUCCACCCAGAGCCGGAGCGACGCGUCUCACAGAGCCGCCCAGGUUCGCUGCGAUUACUGUCCCGAGGACGCCAGCGAGGACGGGAAGGGUCCGGCGGCGGUUAAAACCUGCCUGAAGUGUGAAGUGUCCAUGUGCCCGAAGCACGUCCAGCCUCAUCUGGAGCUGCCGGCGUUCAGAGAGCAUCCGCUGGUGGAGCCGCUCGGAGACAUGAGGAAGAGGAAGUGUUUGGAGCACGACGAGAUGUUCCGGUACUAUUGCCUGGAUGAGCGCUUGUUCCUCUGCAACGCCUGCACCAUAGAGGGAACGCACGCUGGACACGCCAUCAAAACACUGAAGAACGCCAUGAAGGACUUCAAGGCCUAUCUUGACAUUCAGCUGCACAAGACCAACAGAAAGAUCCUUAAGGCAGAAAAAAAUCGACUGGAACAAAAGGAGGUUGAACGGCACAACAAGGCCUACCGGGACGACACCGACCAACACCUGAAUGCUUUCCGAGAGACGUCUAUUGCACAUCUGGAUGCUUUUCUGUGCUCGCUGCGUGACUGUAUCAGCACUCAUGACGGUGAGCAGUGUUCGGGAAUCCAGCAGAACCUGAGUCGAAUAGCGCAGGAUCAAACCCGUCUGCAAGACGUUCACUCGGGCUUUGAGAGGCUUCUACAGGAGAGCGACACUUUCCAGUUCAUCAAGGAAUACAGUUCAUCUAUAAAAAGGUACGGCAGACGUUUGAUUCAGAGGUUCUUUCACACAUUUGCAUUUGGUUUGUCCAGUUUUUAUUAUCUUUUAAAACUCUUUGUGUGUGUG